CAUUCGAUGGCCAACGUCGUGUAACUUGUCGCACGCGCCUUCUUAUCUCUCGACGACGCCUGCCUUCAAUCCAACGUCGUGUAAGCGACUCUCGUGAAAAUGUGUCGAUGCUACGGACUACACUUUGUAAUUACCAACUGUUGCACGGUAUCCCGUGUCUUUUUCUUAUUGUUGUUCCUCCACGUCAAAAUCGAGCAAUCGCUCCAUCGAUAAAAAAAAUCGACUAGCUAAUAAGCAAGCUCUGCUCGAUCGGUUUUCUUGCUGUUAUUGUUUCACCGUAAGUGUGCUUGUAAUUAGAGUUACAAUCAAACUUGUAAUUUAAAUUCCUGUGCACAAAUUGGUAUAAUUAUUAUUACACGUGAAAUUAUUCCUUUCUGGUAUGUCCUUACAGAAAUAUUCGGCCGCUUUCGGCUGAGUGAGUGUGACUCUGAUUUUAGAUCGGAAGAGAACACUUCUCUGUAAUAACGCAUGAUAGUGGAGUUAUAUUAUAAUGGAUUGCACACGAGUAUAAUCGGAUGGUACAAGCGUGCUAUUGAAUAUUUUUCAGUAGUAAACACGUACAGAGAGUGCUAGGUAAAUUUGAGGCGUGCAAACGUGCGUUUAGCUACGAGUACAAAAUACUCGUUUAACGCUCACAAGCGCUCACAUUGCGCAUUUUGAGGUGGCACGAGUAAACGCACGAUUCUUUAACGUGCUUCUUUUCGUAGUAAAACGGGGAAACGUAUUAACGUGCUGCCGUCUCAUCGACCGGAAAACGAGUAUCGCAGACGGACAAUCUCCUAAAAAAUAUUCAUGCAUGCUCGUGUGUCAUAUUCCCCUGCUUAAUGGACUGUGCGUGCCUGAGAGUGCGAGAAAUAAGCAUAAAAAUAAUAAGACAAGCUAAAAACGGAUCGGAACGCGGACCCAUAUGAGGAGUAAAAGCGGUGAAUCAUUUUUAGGAGUAUAUAAUGUUAUUUUUAUAGGAAGCUCCAAAAUGAUAGAACUUCACGCGCAAAACUGUGCCGAUCCGUGUGAGUUCGGGCUCCAGAUGUUUGCUCAGCAUUUAUCACUCGGUAUAGAGAUCGUCACUUUUCAAACGAGGCGAACGUUAAUUUCCUAGCAACACUUGUAUGAUAAAAUAACGUGCCGUUAACAGCGCUCAGUUAUCUCCGAGCACGUCAUCGGCGCGCAUCCCGUUUUCUCCCUUCACAAAAUCACAUUCGGCACACGGACACGACCGAUACCUCCAUCGGUUAUUAAAUCUUCUUGGUGAUCUAAAAUCGCGCCGGCAAAUCGCGCAUUGUUUCGGAGAGUGCAAAUUCACUCCGGAGUACGAGCCAUUUUGCAGCUCGUGGUCGUUCGGAAUCGUAGGAGAGCUGCCACGACGAAUCGUCCGGAUUACAUCGUGCAACGCGCGCCAGAUGGUGACCGGACGGGUUCGAUUCCUUCGAGGCCCUUCGCCAUCCUAACCCACCUCUCCGAGUCCUGCUCAUGAGACGACGCGCAGACGCGACGUUAUCACUUCGGUAUCGCAUCGUUGAGAAGGGAAACAAGAGCCUAGAGAAUGGUGAAGCCGAAGAUGUCGGCCCUCGUGGCCUCCGCCAUUCGUAAUCUGCGGGAGCUCCGUGGCUCCACGUCGAAGGAAAUCAUGAACUACAUUAAGAUGCAGUACAACGCGACCGACGCGAAUACGCGAAAGCAGAUCUACGCCGCUCUGAAACGCGGCCUGGACUACGGCAUCUUGAAGAAAGAUCACGGCUACUAUAGCCUCAAUAUGGAUCCCGACAUGCUGUACAAAGCGCACACCGUGACGCCCUUGGAGCAAGGCAGGAGACGGAGGCGGAGACGAGGACGUGGCCGAUCGCGAGGACGAGGGCGAGGUCGUAGAGGUCGCGGUAGGGGCAGGAGCACGGUAGGAAGAGGAAGAGGGAGGGGGAGGAGGAGGAGGAGGAGGAGGAGAAGGAGGAGCGGAAGCAGGAGUAGAAGGGUAAAAAGUCUUCCUGAAUCGAGGUCCCUCACGGCCAAGUGCAGGUGCACUUCCAGGAAACCCUCGGCGCACGCCCUAAGGGACACCCCGGUGGAGAACCUUCGUAAGGACACGACUGAUUUGUACAAGAGGAGCAGCGAACAGACACCGUUCCGGCUGAGCCGUAGCCGCGAUCGAAGCCGAUCGCGCAGCCCGUCGACCAGCAGCGACAAGGAAGUAGUCAUCGAUCGAGAACGCGACCGAUCGUGAGCGCGCGCAACAAGACGAUCCUCCGCAGUCGUGUGUAUCCUUUCUAUUUCUUUUUGUCCUCGUAAAACCGAAAUUGACAUUUCGUACGAACGUUUGGCAAAUUUGUUAACUGCUAUUGCGACAAACAACAAGUCUUUGCUUAUUGUCCGCCUCACUUCGUGAAGUUCAAUUCGUCCUGAAAUCGUGUGUUUUCAACUUGAAUUCCUCUUAAAUCGGACUGCAAAGGAUCGCAACCGCGCUUGAUCCUCGGCGGAAUCGACGCGGUGAUUACCGACUGAUACAACACGGGGAUAACUCUCACGAAUCUAGACUUCGUUUCUAAUUGCCGAUAAAUUGCAAUGGCGGCCCGAGAUUUAUACUUCAC